CUUCUGCUCAAACAGCGUAUUUUACACACUCUGCCUUCCCCGGGAGAGUGGAAAAUCCACUUCUUCUCAAACAUGAUGAAUGCUGUUGCUGCUUCAAUGGUGGAUAGCUGAUUCUCAAUAACAGAGCUUCACCAUGACAUUUUCUCUUCAAAGAUUCAUGGGGUUUGCCAAAAAUUCCAGGUAUUCCUUUUACUCUAUCUUCUCACUAUCCCCAUUUUCUCAAUUUUCCACCAUUGAAGCUUCCUCUAACUUCGAACAACAACAACAACAAAAAGAAGAAGAUGAAGAUGAUAAUCUUUUACUUAUACACCCAACUACUAGUUCUAGUAUUCUCGACGAAUCUAAGGUGCUUGCUGAACUCUCAAAUCUAUUACCUGUUAAUCGGACAACUACAAUCCCUAAUAAUCUCUACAUUCCUAAUUCAGAGGAAACCCUAAUUAGUGUUUCCCCUGAUGGGUUUUUACCGUUAGAAGAUAAAUUACGUGGGGUUUUUCUUCAGAAGUUAAAGAGUAAAGCUUUGAUAGAAAAUGCCUUAACUGCAGCUUUAGGUGAUGUACAGCUAAGUGUUGAUGUUGUUUCUAGGGUUUUAGAUAGGGGGAACUUAGGGGGUGAUGCUAUGGUUUUGUUUUUUAAUUGGGCGAUUAAGCAUGAUAGUGUUGGUAGAGAUUUAGGGGUGUAUCAUGUGAUUCUUAAGGCUUUAGGGAGGAGGAAGCAUUUUGAUUUUAUGAUGGAUAAAUUUCGAGAAAUGUAUGUCGAAGGGAUUAGUAUGAAUUGCGGAACGCUUGAGCUUGUGAUGGAUAGUUUUAUCAGGUCUCGCUUUGUAUCUAGAGCGGUGGAGUUGUUUAGGAAAUUGGAUGAGUUUGGGAUGAUGUGUGGUACUGAGGAGUUUAAUGUGCUAUUGAAGUGCUUGUGUAAGAGAGCACAUGUGGGCACUGCUAAUUCGUUGCUGAAUUCAAUGAGGGGGAAGUUUGUGUUUGAUUGUGUGACUUACAAUGUGGUGAUUGGUGGGUGGGCGAAGUUAGGUAAGGUUAGUGAAAUGAAGAAGUGUUUGGAGGGGAUGGUAGAAGACGGGUUUUGUCCAGAUUGUGAGACGUAUAGUUGUCUUAUUGAAGGUUUGGGUAAAGCUGGUCUGGUUGAUGAUGCCGUUAAGAUCUUCAAAAGUAUGGAGGGUCAAGGGUGUCAACCUAAUAUAGGAGUUUAUAAUGCAAUGAUUGCUAAUUAUGUUUCUGUUGGGAAUUUUGACGAAUGCAUGAAGUAUUAUGAAGAAAUGUCAAGAAAUGACUGUCAACCGGAUGUUGACACUUGCGCAAAAAUUAUUUGUGGUUUGAUAAAGGCCCGAAAAGUAGCUGAUGCACUUGAGAUGUUUGAUGAGAUGUUGCGUAAAGGAGUAAUUCCAACCACUGGGAUGGUAACCUCGUUCAUUGAACCAUUGUGUAAUUAUGGUCCACCUUAUGCUGCCAUGAUAAUUUAUAAAAAUGCUAGAAAACAGGGGUGUAGAAUAUCAUUGAAUGCUUAUAAGCUGUUGCUAAUGAGGCUUUCCCGAUUUGGCAAAUGUGGAAUGCUUGUGAAGCUGUGGGAUGAAAUACAAGAAAGUGGAUAUUCUGCUGACAUUGAAGUUUAUGAGUAUGUUGUAAAUGGAUUGUGCAACAACGGACAACUUGAGGCUGCUGUAUGUGUUAUGGAGGAGGCUCUGCGUAAGGGGUUUUGUCCAAGCAGGCUCAUGUAUAGCAAACUGAAUAAGAAACUCAUGGCUUUUAACAAAGUAGAUAGGGCUUAUAAGCUUUUCCUGAAAGUAAAACAAGCUCGUGUUAAUGAAAAUGCUAGGAGAUAUUGGCGCAGGAAUGGCUGGCAUUUUUAAGAUGGCUACUUCUGUCAUUGUGAUGCAUCAUAUUGAGAUGCAAAAAAUGAUUGCAUCAGAUAUGCUCAAAGCCACAUCUCUUGCUAAACAUCAAGGCUUUGCUGAUGACAAUGUUUGAGACCUAGUGAGAAUAUGGGGUUCUUUUAUUCCUCAGUCAAGGACAGGGAAUUGGAUCUCGAAAUGCAUAUUAUUUGUAUGUGCUUCAACUGGUAUCGUACAGGUAAGAUUGAGGUAGUACUUUUGUAUUUCUCUUUCAUACUAUGGUAAUAGCAUUAUCCAUAGAAUUUUUGGGAGGGGAUUCAGGAAGGGAAUUAAUCUGGAAAUAUAUUCAUGGCCUUUGGGUUCUGAAUGUUUUUUCAUUAAUGUGUAUCUAUACCUAUAUCAUGGGAUCCAAGAUUGGCUAUGUGUAUUUGCGUUGUACAUUUAUUGUUUACAUAUAAUGAAAAAUGGGUGUUAUGUACUUUGGAGAUGAAGGCUUAUAGAGACUAGAGACUAUGUAAAUGUAAUAAUGCCUAAGCAGCCUAACACAUUGUUUCUUAAAGAGAUUUAGCUAUGAAAUUAUGGUGCCCUCAUUUGUAUGUCAAUAGUUUAGGGACACUGCAUGUUGAAUGAUAAGUUUAGAAUGUCUGAAAAAAGCUUCAUAUUUCUAUUAGUUAAAAACAGUUCUCUCUCAAUUGCAUGGUUUUUUUCCUUCUUUUUUUUUUCCUCUAUAUCCCAACAAAUCCUCUAAUUAUUACUUUCUAUUGAAAUUUUUUAAAAUGGUUAUUUUUCAAAGACAACCAUUGUAACAAAGCAAUCACAACAGUAGAAUUGUCAACUUUUGUGGUUGUGGUUUCUCUGUUACUAUGGUUUUCUUAUAAAGAAAACCCGUUGUAGAAUCAUUGCAGCAUGCAUUAAUUGCUGUACAAAUAUUGGUGAUGUGUAAUAUAUAUUUUAUAUGAAAUUUGUAGCUAUUCCUUAUAGUGAAAAUUUUCUAUAGUUUGUUCAUUACUGGCACAACUCAUCUUUUUCAUUAAAAUGCAAAGAAUUGUGUCCCUAGCACACUUCCAAGAGCUGCAUGUUUUAUGGCAUUCGACAUCUUGUUUAGUUCUGCUGAUGCAUAUUUGUCAUUUGGUGCUCACAAUAGAUUUCUGGGUUAGAAUUAUGAAAGUCUAAGAAUGGUUGUAAAAUAUGUGACUCUUGGAUUGUUCACUCUUCCUUUUGACUGACAGUCAUUAGUCAGUCAGGGUUAGAGAUAGUACUUUAUGCUAAUUUGUAUCUAAGCUUUUUCAUUCAUAUCUGUGAGAAUUUAGCUUGACAUGUGUUAAAACAGCAAAACGAUUUAUGAUUUCUAUCAUUCUCAAAGUACAUUUCUAUGCUGACCUUUAGAAUGACACCUUUUGCCAUCAUAUUUGCCAAAGCUUUAAUAUAUGUGCCCUUCUUCGGGUUCUUGCUGGAAUGAUGCUAUUUAGCCAAAUCUGAUACAGAUGUGCUCCUUGUGGCUGUUUUUUCUAAGGUCAUUAUAUUGCCAUUUAAGUCAUCUUAGGGCCUGUUCUGUUCAGCUCAGAUCCAAUCAGUUUAGUUCAGUUCAGUUCCUAAUUUUCUUCUCUCAUAAAAAAUACAAUUCAGUUCAGUUUAGUUGUUUUCAGUAGAUCGGAACAGGCCCUUAGUGACCUCUUGUGUGCACUUGAUGAUCUUGGAUGAGAUGUCACAGGUUGUAGCUUAUCUGUGUGAUUGAUAUAUUUUGGAGAUAAGGUUUACAUGCUGACCAGAUAGCUGCCCUGGGCCUCGUUGUACAAUAUACAGUGAGUAGUUUUGAAGGUUGUUAUAUCAUGCUUAUGUCUUGUUAUGAUGCUAGCAUUAGGCAAAUUUCUGUCAAUUGCUCUUACAGUUUUGCAGGUGCUGUUUUAAAAAUGGGUCAGAAUUAUGAAAGUUUAAGAAUGGUUGUAAAAUAUGUGACUCUUGGAUUGUUCACUCUUCCUUUUGACUGACAGUCAUUAGUCAGUCAGGGUUAGAGAUAGUACUUUAUGCUAAUUUGUAUCUAAGCUUUUUCAUUCAUAUCUGUGAGAAUUUAGCUUGACAUGUGUUAAAACAGCAAAAUGAUUUAUGAUUUCUAUCAUUCUCAAAGUACAUUUCUAUGCUGACCUUUAGAAUGACACCUUUUGCCAUCAUAUUUGCCAAAGCUUUAAUAUAUGUGCCCUUCUUCGGGUUCUUGCUGGAAUGAUGCUAUUUAGCCAAAUCUGAUACAGAUGUGCUCCUUGUGGCUGUUUUUUCUAAGGUCAUUAUAUUGCCAUUUAAGUCAUCUUAGGGCCUGUUCUGUUCAGCUCAGAUCCAAUCAGUUUAGUUCAGUUCAGUUCCUAAUUUUCUUCUCUCAUAAAAAAUACAAUUCAGUUCAGUUUAGUUGUUUUCAGUAGAUCGGAACAGGCCCUUAGUGACCUCUUGUGUGCACUUGAUGAUCUUGGAUGAGAUGUCACAGGUUGUAGCUUAUCUGUGUGAUUGAUAUAUUUUGGAGAUAAGGUUUACAUGCUGACCAGAUAGCUGCCCUGGGCCUCGUUGUACAAUAUACAGUGAGUAGUUUUGAAGGUUGUUAUAUCAUGCUUAUGUCUUGUUAUGAUGCUAGCAUUAGGCAAAUUUCUGUCAAUUGCUCUUACAGUUUUGCAGGUGCUGUUUUAAAAAUGGGUCAGAAUUAUGAAAGUUUAAGAAUGGUUGUAAAAUAUGUGACUCUUGGAUUGUUCACUCUUCCUUUUGACUGACAGUCAUUAGUCAGUCAGGGUUAGAGAUAGUACUUUAUGCUAAUUUGUAUCUAAGCUUUUUCAUUCAUAUCUGUGAGAAUUUAGCUUGACAUGUGUUAAAACAGCAAAACGAUUUAUGAUUUCUAUCAUUCUCAAAGUACAUUUCUAUGCUGACCUUUAGAAUGACACCUUUUGCCAUCAUAUUUGCCAAAGCUUUAAUAUAUGUGCCCUUCUUCGGGUUCUUGCUGGAAUGAUGCUAUUUAGCCAAAUCUGAUACAGAUGUGCUCCUUGUGGCUGUUUUUUCUAAGGUCAUUAUAUUGCCAUUUAAGUCAUCUUAGGGCCUGUUCUGUUCAGCUCAGAUCCAAUCAGUUUAGUUCAGUUCAGUUCCUAAUUUUCUUCUCUCAUAAAAAAUACAAUUCAGUUCAGUUUAGUUGUUUUCAGUAGAUCGGAACAGGCCCUUAGUGACCUCUUGUGUGCACUUGAUGAUCUUGGAUGAGAUGUCACAGGUUGUAGCUUAUCUGUGUGAUUGAUAUAUUUUGGAGAUAAGGUUUACAUGCUGACCAGAUAGCUGCCCUGGGCCUCGUUGUACAAUAUACAGUGAGUAGUUUUGAAGGUUGUUAUAUCAUGCUUAUGUCUUGUUAUGAUGCUAGCAUUAGGCAAAUUUCUGUCAAUUGCUCUUACAGUUUUGCAGGUGCUGUUUUAAAAAUGGGUCAGAAUUAUGAAAGUUUAAGAAUGGUUGUAAAAUAUGUGACUCUUGGAUUGUUCACUCUUCCUUUUGACUGACAGUCAUUAGUCAGUCAGGGUUAGAGAUAGUACUUUAUGCUAAUUUGUAUCUAAGCUUUUUCAUUCAUAUCUGUGAGAAUUUAGCUUGACAUGUGUUAAAACAGCAAAAUGAUUUAUGAUUUCUAUCAUUCUCAAAGUACAUUUCUAUGCUGACCUUUAGAAUGACACCUUUUGCCAUCAUAUUUGCCAAAGCUUUAAUAUAUGUGCCCUUCUUCGGGUUCUUGCUGGAAUGAUGCUAUUUAGCCAAAUCUGAUACAGAUGUGCUCCUUGUGGCUGUUUUUUCUAAGGUCAUUAUAUUGCCAUUUAAGUCAUCUUAGGGCCUGUUCUGUUCAGCUCAGAUCCAAUCAGUUUAGUUCAGUUCAGUUCCUAAUUUUCUUCUCUCAUAAAAAAUACAAUUCAGUUCAGUUUAGUUGUUUUCAGUAGAUCGGAACAGGCCCUUAGUGACCUCUUGUGUGCACUUGAUGAUCUUGGAUGAGAUGUCACAGGUUGUAGCUUAUCUGUGUGAUUGAUAUAUUUUGGAGAUAAGGUUUACAUGCUGACCAGAUAGCUGCCCUGGGCCUCGUUGUACAAUAUACAGUGAGUAGUUUUGAAGGUUGUUAUAUCAUGCUUAUGUCUUGUUAUGAUGCUAGCAUUAGGCAAAUUUCUGUCAAUUGCUCUUACAGUUUUGCAGGUGCUGUUUUAAAAAUGGGUCAGAAUUAUGAAAGUUUAAGAAUGGUUGUAAAAUAUGUGACUCUUGGAUUGUUCACUCUUCCUUUUGACUGACAGUCAUUAGUCAGUCAGGGUUAGAGAUAGUACUUUAUGCUAAUUUGUAUCUAAGCUUUUUCAUUCAUAUCUGUGAGAAUUUAGCUUGACAUGUGUUAAAACAGCAAAACGAUUUAUGAUUUCUAUCAUUCUCAAAGUACAUUUCUAUGCUGACCUUUAGAAUGACACCUUUUGCCAUCAUAUUUGCCAAAGCUUUAAUAUAUGUGCCCUUCUUCGGGUUCUUGCUGGAAUGAUGCUAUUUAGCCAAAUCUGAUACAGAUGUGCUCCUUGUGGCUGUUUUUUCUAAGGUCAUUAUAUUGCCAUUUAAGUCAUCUUAGGGCCUGUUCUGUUCAGCUCAGAUCCAAUCAGUUUAGUUCAGUUCAGUUCCUAAUUUUCUUCUCUCAUAAAAAAUACAAUUCAGUUCAGUUUAGUUGUUUUCAGUAGAUCGGAACAGGCCCUUAGUGACCUCUUGUGUGCACUUGAUGAUCUUGGAUGAGAUGUCACAGGUUGUAGCUUAUCUGUGUGAUUGAUAUAUUUUGGAGAUAAGGUUUACAUGCUGACCAGAUAGCUGCCCUGGGCCUCGUUGUACAAUAUACAGUGAGUAGUUUUGAAGGUUGUUAUAUCAUGCUUAUGUCUUGUUAUGAUGCUAGCAUUAGGCAAAUUUCUGUCAAUUGCUCUUACAGUUUUGCAGGUGCUGUUUUAAAAAUGGGUCAGAAUUAUGAAAGUUUAAGAAUGGUUGUAAAAUAUGUGACUCUUGGAUUGUUCACUCUUCCUUUUGACUGACAGUCAUUAGUCAGUCAGGGUUAGAGAUAGUACUUUAUGCUAAUUUGUAUCUAAGCUUUUUCAUUCAUAUCUGUGAGAAUUUAGCUUGACAUGUGUUAAAACAGCAAAAUGAUUUAUGAUUUCUAUCAUUCUCAAAGUACAUUUCUAUGCUGACCUUUAGAAUGACACCUUUUGCCAUCAUAUUUGCCAAAGCUUUAAUAUAUGUGCCCUUCUUCGGGUUCUUGCUGGAAUGAUGCUAUUUAGCCAAAUCUGAUACAGAUGUGCUCCUUGUGGCUGUUUUUUCUAAGGUCAUUAUAUUGCCAUUUAAGUCAUCUUAGGGCCUGUUCUGUUCAGCUCAGAUCCAAUCAGUUUAGUUCAGUUCAGUUCCUAAUUUUCUUCUCUCAUAAAAAAUACAAUUCAGUUCAGUUUAGUUGUUUUCAGUAGAUCGGAACAGGCCCUUAGUGACCUCUUGUGUGCACUUGAUGAUCUUGGAUGAGAUGUCACAGGUUGUAGCUUAUCUGUGUGAUUGAUAUAUUUUGGAGAUAAGGUUUACAUGCUGACCAGAUAGCUGCCCUGGGCCUCGUUGUACAAUAUACAGUGAGUAGUUUUGAAGGUUGUUAUAUCAUGCUUAUGUCUUGUUAUGAUGCUAGCAUUAGGCAAAUUUCUGUCAAUUGCUCUUACAGUUUUGCAGGUGCUGUUUUAAAAAAUGGGUCAGAAUUAUGAAAGUUUAAGAAUGGUUGUAAAAUAUGUGACUCUUGGAUUGUUCACUCUUCCUUUUGACUGACAGUCAUUAGUCAGUCAGGGUUAGAGAUAGUACUUUAUGCUAAUUUGUAUCUAAGCUUUUUCAUUCAUAUCUGUGAGAAUUUAGCUUGACAUGUGUUAAAACAGCAAAAUGAUUUAUGAUUUCUAUCAUUCUCAAAGUACAUUUCUAUGCUGACCUUUAGAAUGACACCUUUUGCCAUCAUAUUUGCCAAAGCUUUAAUAUAUGUGCCCUUCUUCGGGUUCUUGCUGGAAUGAUGCUAUUUAGCCAAAUCUGAUACAGAUGUGCUCCUUGUGGCUGUUUUUUCUAAGGUCAUUAUAUUGCCAUUUAAGUCAUCUUAGUGACCUCUUGUUUGCACUUGAUGAUCUUGGAUGAGAUGGCACAGGUUGUAGCGUAUCUGUGUGAUUGAUAUAUUUGGAGAUAGGUUUACAUGCUGACCAGAUAGCUGCCCUGGGCCUCAUUGUACAAUAUACAGUGAGUAGUUUUGAAGGUUGUUAUAUCAUGCUUAUGUCUUGUUAUGAUGCUAGCAUUAGGCAAAUUUCUGUCAAUUGCUCUUACAGUUUUACAGGUGCUGUUUUAAAAAUGGUUUUUGUUACUUUCUCCUUCUCAUACUUAAAUUGAAACAAUUAUGUUGGAAUGUGCCUGUGCCAUCCUCCAUUUACUAACUCCCCUUCCCCUUUUGUUUGUACUAUUUAGGGUUUUGUCACUUUUAAAUUUUUGGUUGGGUUUACUAGAUGAUGAGAAACGGUGGUAGCUAAAGUGGUAAAGUGAGAGUUAUGUGCUGAUGGAGGGAGCAUAUGUCAAGUCUGAUGGCUAUGUGAAUUCGUGAAUUCUUGAAUCUCGAGUCUACUGUUAACAGUGGUGUCACAUUCUCGAAGAUUAUUCAGCAAGCAAUGCAUUUUAUGAUUGUUCUUUUCACAAGUUGGGUGCACAAGAAAGGCAGUCCUUGGCCAAGAUUUACAGAAGUUUGUAUAUUUGCAUAAAUUCAACUGGUUUCCCAGGUGAUAGGCAAAUUAGAUGAUCCGAAGCAAUGCCUUUGAUGAAGGAGCAGGGUGGUAGGUCGUCAGAUCAUAUCCCCCUUGAAAGCUAGCAUAGGACUCCUUUAAACUUCGCAGUGAAAUUGUAAAAUUUUGUUGUAUUUGAGCGUUGAUGGUGUUCACUGGAUGUUUUUUUUAUCUUCACAAUGCUUAUCUCGAGUCUACCAGUUUGUA